AUGGUUUCCUUAAAGUCCGCGAUGGCUGCUCGCGAUCAAAGCGACAUCACCGACUUCGCCUCCUUCAAGCUGAUGGCGCCGAACGUCUCGCAGCCUUCGAAGGACGAGAGGUUGGACGUCUAUCUGGAGAACACCAUGUGCGACAUCACCAAGGUCGUCUGGGGCUGCCCCCAAGGCGAGGCAAUGACGUGGUCAGUCCACAACACUGCCGACCUGCCGCAAAGUUCAGGUGAUGCGGAGCGUUUCGAUCCGGAUCGCCUCCGCGAGCAUGGGCAGCAGCUGCUGCACUUCUUGAGGCAGAGAUGUCGAAGGGAAGGCGGUACUUAUUGGCUCUUCCGCGAGCAGAAUAGCUCUCGAGCCGAGCUCUUCGACAUCAGCAAUUCCGGUGAGCGUGAGGAUGAGGAUGGCAACUGGGAGACCUCAGCGGCCUUCAGGACCACGCCCUCCCUUGCGACUCCCAUCGCGUCGCUCUGCUUCCACCUUGCCAAGUCCAUGGAGCAGGAAUCCGACCAACGCCAGCUGCUUCAGAAGGCGACACACCUCUUGGAACCGCUGAAGGAAGAUCAGUAUGGGCUUUACGCAACAGCGGCCCUCCAGCUUGCGUGUUCCUACAUGCGCACGCCUGUGGCCGCACUAGCGGACCAAGCCGCAUCGGUCACAACACCACCAGGCGAGGCUCCGCCCGCCGCGCGGCUGAGCGUGGCCAUGCGCUACUUGGAGAAGGUGCUGCGGCUCCUUGGACGCCUCAGCGACGAUGCCUCCACGCUGCGAGCUGGUCUGCUGCUCCAGGGCCAGGUCGCCUACGCCGAGUGCAUCGUGAAGUUGGUGAAGGAGGCCUGCAUCCCCACCUACUCCGCCUGGCUGACGCAAGUUCAGCGAAGUUCACAGGAGAUCAUCCAGAAGCAUGGCGCCAGCAGCGCCGCGGCACAGAAGCAGCCGGGGCCCUCGGCUCUUGGCGUUUUCGGGUUUGGAGUUGGCUGGCUGGGGGUGCUGGGUGGAGGAGCUCAGGACACGAAGGAAGGCUCUGUGGAUAUGACCAUCGCGGACUUUGUGGCCCAUGUUAACUCGAUUUUUGGCUCAUCUAUGGACUGCGCGUUGGCCGAGAUUCCUUUGGGCUUCUAUUCGGCCAUCAUUAUGGGGCGGUUGGUUGACCUGGACGUGGCUGUUUGUGCACCUUCGUGGGCCACCGCCUUCGUGAGCCACCUGCCAACUUCCGAGCAUUUCCGAGUUCCGCCCAAACACGUGGCCCCGACGCUCCUGUUUCGCCGUGCCCUGUCUGUCUUGUACUUUUAA